UUAUUUUAAAAUUAUCGACAAACAAAAAUAGACAAAAAAGAAAGAAACUGAAAUUAAAAUUAGAAACGAUGCAUAUGCAGAUGCAGGAAAGUGACUCAAACCCCGAAGGCGAAUGCGACUAUUCGGACUUCUCGGAUGUCGGUGGAGGGGAUGAUGACAGUAGCAUUAGUUCGAAAAAUGCUGGGGCAGGUAAGCGUUGGUCUAGAUCUGACGAUGUAAUUCUGAAACAGCUAGUAUCGCAAUACGGCGAGAAAUGGGAAAUCAUAACUCCAAUGUUCAAAGAUCGCACCGAUCAGCAAAUCCAACAGCGUUGGGCAAAAGUACUCAAUCCAGAUUUAAUAAAAGGUCCUUGGACUCGCGAAGAGGAUGACAAGGUUAUAGAACUUGUGCGACGCUACGGUCCCAAAAAGUGGACCCUCAUUGCACGAUACCUUAAUGGACGAAUAGGAAAACAGUGUCGCGAGAGAUGGCACAACCACCUCAAUCCGAACAUUAAGAAGACUGCAUGGACUGAGGAAGAGGAUAAAAUUAUCUAUCAGGCUCAUAUACAGUAUGGCAAUCAGUGGGCAAAGAUUGCAAAGCUUCUGCCUGGCCGGACAGAUAAUGCCAUCAAAAAUCAUUGGAACUCAACUAUGCGCAGGAAGUAUGAGUAUGCUGAUGGGGGGCGUAAGUCCAGUCACCAGCCACGUGUUGUCACAAGUCUUAAGAACUCGCGUUCCAAUUUGAAAGAACUAAUCAAAAUGGGAAGUGGCUCUUCGGGUACAAGCCAACAAGUUAACAGCCAUCAAGAAAAGUCACUUCAGUCUUCGCUAAUCGAUCGGAUUCACAAUAAUUCAAAGGCUAAAGUUGUCUCAAAGGUACCACAAAACAAACCACCAAAUAUUUUGAAAAAAUCUCGCCAGCUACCCAAUCCUGAAUCCACACAAACUGCAGCCCCAAGUUCAAAUGCAAUCAAACUGCCAGAUUCUCCUGUAAUGACUCCCAUAAAACCAUUACCCUUCUCGCCCAGUCAAUUCCUUAAUUCUCCCUGUUUGACGACGUUUGAUGAUAUGAAUUUAAGAGCAAGCACCCCGGUACGAAAGACAUACAAUCGUUUUGGUGUGGAAAUAAAAAAAGAGCAUGAUAAUUCCUCAAUUGAAACACCUCACAAAAGCCUACUCGGCCCGAGAACACCUACACCUUUCAAAGAUGCACUGGCUGCCCUGGGAAAGAAGCGCAAAGGUGAUAGGUACAUCCCACCGAGUCCGUCGAGUCUUGUAGAGGACUUGGCCGAGAUAAUCUACGACGAACAACUCAAUGACACUCAAAACUCACAAAUGGUUAUAAAAACGGAGGGAAUUGACAAAACUGGCAGUCUGCAACCCGUUCGCCAACCUACAAAGAAAGCACGUAAAGCUCUCAGUGCUAGUUGGGAAAAUGAUAUAAAAGUGGAGAAAAAGAUGCCCUACGAAACGGAGACACCAAGUAAAUUCCUUACUUCAACCAAUUCCAUUGUGUUCUCACCGCCAAGCAUUUUAAAAGACACCCUUGGAGAUUCUGAGCUCCUUAUGGAUACUAGCGAAGCCAAAAAAGAGAACAAGAGUCCAAAGCAUGCUAUACAAAAGUACCUUGAUCCGAAGUGGGAAAAACUUGCUUGUGGACAGACAAAAGAUCAGUUAUUUAUGGUCCAACAAGCGCAUACGUGUCUCAAGAGUCUUUCACUUACACCGAGAUCUCUGAACUUCGAAAAACACAAAUGAAGAACACCUGACAAAAAAUGGGACUGUUCGUUGUUUAAAUAACACACCAAAUGCAAAUUGAACAAAACAUAUAAUAUUAAGUUUUCUGAGACCAAACUUUCAUAAAUAAGUCCUAGCUCUCGGAAUUUCUACCAAUUGACUUGCAUAUGUCGUCAAAACGAGAUAAAGCUAAAGAAACAACGACUCAUUUGAUUUCGAUGUGUUCUGAAACAGUCUUCAACUAAACAAAGAAUUGCAGAUUUUUUUAUUUAUAAAAUAUGUUAAGCGUACAUUAGUAUAUAAGUGUACGAACCAAUAUUCUUUACAUACGCCUAAUUUAUAACUUAAAAGUAAUAUUGUUUUUUAUUUUUAUUAUUUUUUUUAAUUUUUCAUUUUUAAUGAUGAAUAAUAUAUAUACAUACGUAAUCGUGUACGUCUAUUUAAGUGAACAGAACUUAGAAAAAGUUUGUACUUUAAUUUCAAGUAAGGAUUUUACAAACUAAAUGGCUUGCAAAAUAAAAUUUUAAGUUUCAUUAUAAAACUCAGCACGUCCGAUGUACACCAAAUUUAUAUUUUAUUUUUUAAUAAAGCAGUUUAGUUGUAUA